GUCCGUUAUAAAUAGCUUGUCCGGCGUCUUAACCGUCGUAUUUGUGCACGCUGGCACUGCACACCAUUUGUAACUCAUUUUUUUUAAGAAAUCACGGUUCAAAAUUAUAUUUUAGUAAACUUAACAGCUCUUGCAUUCUAAUUUAGAUUUUGUGUUUACUAAAGAAAUUUAGUGUUUACAGACGGUUGACGUCAUGUCACUUAUGUCACUGAAUCAACGCCAUAUUGCAGCAAGCGUAUAGAUAAUAAACAUUAUUUUCAGAGUCCAUAGACACUAAUAAAUAAUACAUGAUAGUUUCCAGAAACAAUAAUAUUAUGCUGAAGUCUUUUGUCAGUAGUUCACAAAACGGAGCCUGACGCCUGUGCCUUAAGAAACCAUUUUAUUUUAAGUAUAAUACCUACUUUAACCAAUUACCGAAGUAUAAUACAAUUUCUUAAAGUUAGAGCGUUUGUAUGGAAGUAUAUGAAACUCAUUUUCUAUCAUUCUGCCCAAAACGACCUUAUAACCGUGAAAUAAAGUCUAUUUUUGUCAAUUUUCUUUUUGACAGCCCGAAUGAUAUUGAUUUGCCUAAUACAUGAUUUCGCGAUGCAGAAUUUUUUUUAUUGCUUAUGUACUUACCAGUGAAAGACAAUCGUAUUUACAGUCUCCUUGUAGUCGAGAUAAGUAAAUACUGAAAAGUACCUAAAAUUUAAUUUUGUUUCUUACUUUACCUAAUAAGCAUAGACUAUAGAGUUAUAGCUGUUGUACUGGGUAGUGACUGCUCUGGGGGAAUCUAUUGGCAAAUUUUUAUUAGUGGAAAAUAAAUAGGCAAACGCAAAGCUGUGAGUGGAUGGCGCUCUAUGGUUUGAAAUUACGACGACAAGAACAAGUUACUAUAAUGGAAGCAGAUUUUAUAAAAGCAAAUAGCAGUAAUUUGCCCAAAAUUGACGUGGUUAUGUUGAGUGUAUUUUUUGCAUCUAACAAUUUCUGUUCGACAGAAUUCUGUAAUGACAAAACUUCCAUUAGUUCAUCACAAACAUCUUACGGAGAUGAUGCUAUAAGUUUUGUGCAGCUGAAGCGUGACGGCAAACUCUGUGUCAUUAAAUGUAAAAUAUGUCCAGAAUAUAAAGUGCAUGCCAACGUAUAUGCAGUCACUUUGACUGUUGACGAAGAAGACGGUGUCAUAUGUUCCUUUGAAUGCCAUGGUUGUGUUGCUCCUCAAGGAUGUUGCAAGCAUGCAAUGGCUUUCAUAAUGUGGAUUCAUCGGAGAAGUGAAGAACCAUCAUCAUCUUUUACUGAGUGUUAUUGGAGAAAAUCAAAACUAUCACAAAUUAGGACAAACCCUAAAUAUAUGACAGUUAAACACAUGUUCAAGAGUAGCCCUAGUUUGCCAUCAGAUCCAAGUGUUCUUGUGGAAUUUUUGGAAGAGGCAAAGAAAAGAAAACUAAACUGUAAAUUAUUAAAAUAUUAUGAACCCAAUUCUUCUUUCCACAAUCCAGAAAAUGUAUAAAUGCA